GGCUGUUUUCUAUAUUUUACCCCAAGUGAACUGAAACAGUUCUUUUCCCUGUCAAGGUUUUAAACGUGUAUCCCUUCCUUUGAUUUGUGUCAGGGUAAACCAUUGAUGUAAGAGACUUGACUCCUAAUCUCCGUCUGCCCUAAUGCUGUUGUCAUCUGGAGUAGAGACUCAGCCAGUUCCACCUGAUUCCUCCAUGACUGCUGUGGUACAGGAGUUAUACUCUGAACUCUCAGUCAGUGUCUCCAAAGAGCUCAAUGCUGAGAAGGAGCCAAGUAUGAUUCCAGAUAGAAAACCUGGAGCCUCAAGCUCUUCUAGAAGUCAGAGUAGGGCAUCACCCCUGGAGCUGCAGAGGACCCAUGCAGAAGGCUGUUGUGAAGAAACCUUUGAGACCUUGGAUUAUGGGGGCAAGACUGGGUGGUGUGGACUAGUGGACCCCACAGCAAGAGGGCCUGUGGCUUUUGAGCUCUUGGAUAGGGAAGAGAGAACCAAGAGCAUGGAGCCAAAGGUCUUCAGAGAUCAAGAAGACCAGGCCGAAGUUUUCCGAGACCCCUGUGAGGGAGCAAAGGAAGACCCAUGCCAACAUUCCACAGCUACUAAAGAAAAGAUCUGCCCCAGUCAGGGUCCCCUCCUGAUUCAAUCCAGCAAGGAUCCUGUAUGUGUAAACCUGCCUGGAGACCUGCUCAAGAACAAAGGAAAUGUACACAAGACAACUGGAACUCUGCCAGAACCCAUUGAAGACAGGCAAGGGGACUGUGCAGUUUCCAGAAUGAACAGAGGGAAGGAGAAGUUGUGUGACUUCAACCUUGUUUGUGAAGCAGGUGACAGUCCCCACCAGAUGCCCAACCACUGUAAGGAAGUACACAGUUCUGCACACGAUAGUUCCACCACUGCAGGAAGCAAAGGUUCUGGAAAACCCUCAGAAGAAAGCUCUAGAAUUUUAUAUCUCACAUCAUAUUUAUCUAGCCCCAAAUCCUUAGAAAAACUUGGUUUUGAAAGCAAUGGUUUGAUAAAGGAAUCUGCUGAAAAAAUGCACAAGGUUGAUCAAAGCAAGAACUUCACUUGUGGAGAAGAAAAUAAAGAACAGUAUUGGAGGCCGAGGAGUGAAAGAGGGAGUCUCUUUCUUUUCAAUGGCAGGCAACAAGAACAGGAUGGUUCUGGUGAGAAACAGACUGUGGAAUCCAGUAACUGUUGCACUCAGGCUAGUUCCUGUACAGAGAACUAUAGUUCUAUGCCUGAUUCUUUUACUGAAGCCACAGAAAUAAUGUUUAAAAAAAAAAAUCUGAAAAUCACUUUAAACAUUCAAGGUAAUUUGGUAAACUCUGAGGACCAUACAAAAACUGUCACUGAUGUGAACCAUCCUGAGAGACACUCUCAGGAAAGCAGUUUCUCCUUGUUGCAUAGUGAAGAGCCAGCACAAACGACAGGAAAGUCUAGUGCAUUACAUGAAGAGAUUUCCAGUAAAGACUCUAAGUCUGAGGUUAGCAUCCAGAGGAAUCUAGGGGACUCUCUGCCAAAUAAAGCAUCAUGCAAUGAUUUUCUGUCUGGAAGUAAAGCCCUUCAGAGUUUGAUACCAGCAGAUCCAGUGAGUCCUGAACAUAAUGAAAUAUCAAAAACCAAGAAAGGUACUGCAAAAUUACCACCAUGUCCAGAGCUUGAUUGCAGACCUGCUUUAGAAAAGCAUGGACAGGCCUCACAUGACAACGUUGCACAUUUAGAUGAACCCAUCAUUGCCUGUGAGUUGAGUGAACGUUCUUGUAACAGUGAACUAGCUGUGCACAAAAUAGAACAUGAAUGUGUUUUAAAUCAACAAGUGUCCCUUAAUUCUCAAGAGCAUGUGACAUUACCAACUUACUCUCUACUAAAUCGGAACAGAGAGAUGCCUUCAGCAACAUGCACAGAUGCUCACCAGAGCCAUCGUUCUCUAAAGAAUGGAGCAAGUGUUACCACCAAUACUCAAACCAUUCCUGCUGAGACAGAAUUGGAAGCCAUGUCUCCACAAGGUGACAAAACCUGUGAUGCCUCUUCAUCCAUCCACCCCUUAAAUAGCAAAAUAACAAACCCCGAAGGACAAAAGGAAAUGGCUGAUUCAGGUAUCAGAGAUCUACAUUCCAUGUUUCUCUCAAGAGCGAAGGAAGCAGCUGGCUUUUCCUUUGUCACAGAAUGUCAAAAUGUUCAGUCUCAGGAUAGCUCCAGCUGUCAGUCCACGACAAGAAAUGCAUCUGAAAAGAAGAUGCGCUCUGAUUGUGCUGCUCUUGGACCCACAAAAGACAGCCCGGAAGUCAGCAACUGUAAAAGAAACUCUGCAGAUGCAUGCCAGUCUAGCUGUCAGUGCUUCCGAAGACCAGAAGACGUUGUGGAAAAUAGCUCCUUCUUGGUGCAGGAACCUGCCGGCAGGGAGACUCCAAGCAGCCUUCGAGGAGGCAAGGUUAGAAACGAAAUGACAGCGGGUGUGGCCGAGAGUGGAGCUUGGAACACCACCACUCACGCUCCCAGUCAGGCGGGAGCCAGUGAGGCAGGACUGGGGGGAGAGAAGCAGGGUAAACACCAAGACACUGCAGCUGAUGAGCACGGCACCUCUGCUCGUGCCACCCAAGAACCGAACCAAUCUACAAACAUUCCAAGUCCUGACACGCCAGCAGACCCGUCUCUGGCUGCUACUUCAUCUCAUUUUCAAACCAGGUACCAAGCAGCUGAAAGCCUUGAGCAGAAGGCAGGUGACGUCUCUGACUGUCAGAGGAACCAGCAUGGUUCAGACAAAUGUAGAAGGGAAGGGAAGCCAGCUCGGGAAGGACUAAAUGGUGACCACCAAGACGCUAUCCCUGAGGUAAACCACAAGGGAAAGGAUUUGACGGUCAGUUCAGGCAGUGAAAACCCUGUGUUUUGUGAUAGUUUGGAGAAAAAAGAUCCCAAAGGAGCCUUUGAAAAUGUCCCUGGCUCUGCAGCGUUGAAACACAGUGUGCUAGAUGUGGUAUGUCCAUACUGCACGGAUGAGCCUGCAGAGAGCGUGCUGGACGUGGAAGCACCUAGUCGAGCUGGUCGAUCGACAAGGCGAAAUAGACUGGCAUACCACGAGACCUUAAGGAGCACCUCAUCUCUUGGAGGAGAACUGAACGUUGUAUUUAUAGGUACAACUCUCCAGGACUUGGAACUCCCAAAUGUUGCUGCUUCUACAGGAGACUCUCCUGAAAUACUAAAAUCACAUGGAGAAAAAGUGUGCAGAUCUCUAAAAGACAGUGGAAUGGAAGAGUAUCCAGACUCUGCCAUUGAUCGUGAAGCAAAAUCUGCUGCUGCUGCUGCUGCUGAGCCAGCUAGGAGAGCACAGGAUGGAGGCGGUGUAUCUUUAAAUCACGUUCAUUGUGAGCAUCAGGAUAAAGGAGCAUCCAUGACGGAGGGACUGAGACGGGAAGCCAAUUCUGACUUUGAUGGGAAGGAAACCUUUGGAUUAUUCUCAAAAGACUUGAUGUCUUCUAGGUGCCAUGGCUCUGUGGAGAUGGUGCAUUCCCAUCUUUCUGCUCAAGAACAUUCACCAGCUGGUGUUUGCAGUGAAAUGCCUAAAUUGAAACAUCUCUUGAAACCCAAAGAUGGUAAACUGCUUCAUGAAAACGUCAAGGAUUGCCCAGUCCAGUCUGACAUGAAGGAAGGAAUACCAGCGGAUAUAAGUAACCCUAGUGAAGGAGGUGGUGCAUACAUCAGUGUGGACAAAACUGUUCGCAAAGCUUGUCGUUCUCAUGAGAUUUCCAAUAAGCAUUUGCCUUUGAUAAUGGAAACAGCAAUUAAAAUGAAUAAAGAAGAAACUGAAGAACAUCAGAGAGGACCACUGGAUCACUUACCUGUUGGAGAAAAGUCUGAGGAGACCAUUACCAGAGAAGGUCAUGAAGAUAAUUUUUCUAAGAGGUCUCAGACCCACUUGAAAUGCCACAGAGUGCAGGAUGUUGCUGGAAACCCACAAAGCCAGAGAGUUGCGGACUGCGUCUUGCCAAAGGAAGAACAUAUAUAUCAAAAGGGUACACAUGCACUGCUGGAACAACACAUGUCAUUGAACGUGUCAGAUGAGGUGCAGAAUAAGAAGCAGCCUGUGGCUAACCAAGAUAAGUCCAUCAUAAUGGAAGAAGUCACCCUAAGAAAGCCAACCACGAAAAAAAUGGCUAGACAGCUUCAGAGGUUGGCAGAUCCAAAAGAAGAAAGCUUAUGCCAUCUGUUAAUGAAAGACGUUGAGUUAGGUCCUCAGCUUCCUGGUACCUCCUGGACAGAACGUGAUUCCAGCUCUGCUGGAGGUGGUCAAAUACAUGGUGCCUUUGUGACUUUGUCAUAUCAGCCAAGAUUGCUUCCCGUAAAGAGGCAGCCUCAUCGAACGUGUAAGAGAAUUUCCUGCCUGGAGCCAGUCACUGUGCGGAGAAAAAUAAGUAAAGUGAGAAAUUCUGAUUGGGGAAAGUGUUCCUCUAAUCCCAUCCCCACGAAAGCACACAGACUUCUCAGUCCAUGUGCCGUGCCUGCCACGCCAUUGGAACCUGAAGCAGUACCUAGCAGGAGCUUGUGUAGCCACAUACCAAAGCCAAAGGCUACUCUGUGCCAUCCCUUGAGGAGCCUGAGUUGUAGGAAGCCUACCAAAGAAUCAGCCUUACUAAACAAGUUGUCUAUCCUUGCCUCCAAACUGGUUCUGGCCACAAAGCCCCAGAAACUCAGAUAUCGGCGAUAUUCCUCUUCCCUUGUUCCAUUGGCUAAAAGCUACAAGCGCCUCAGAUAUAAAAAGCUCCUAGAUGGAUUUUCAUAUAAUGCAAUGCAGCUGGACCCAUAUUUGGCAGCUACUGGAUGGGAUAGGAGGUCUAACAGUAAGCCCUUGGCACUUUAUUCUCUUGAAGCUGUCAAAAUGAGCUUCAUAGAUUUGAGCAACAAGAUGCCAUCACUGCUGUUUGGUACCGAAAUCUUCCCAUUUUCCUUUCAUGUGAAAUCAGCAUCCAGUUGCACGGUCGAGUCCCCCAGGACUUUUCCUGAGCACUGUGCUCCAUCGAGGCUUGCCUUAGCAGAGACCUCCCAGUGCUCAUCUCCACCUCCCAAGUGGACCUUUUCUUUUUUCAUGUCCCAUGGUUGCCCUGGGAUGGCCACAUUCAGGGAAGACACUGGCCUCUGUAGUCAGACACGCACUCAGGCUCCUCCACAGACUACAGCUCCUCUCCAAGACUAUGGAGGCACUGCCAUAGUCCAGACCAGAGCAGACUGCUCUGGCCUUGGCCUUCACACACUUCUAGCACUUUGUUCACCAGGAUGUUACCGAAUCUGGACAAAAAAACGGAGCUUCUCCAGUCACAUGCCUGCCAUGCAGAGGCUCUUCUUGACCCAGUUUACACAGGGCUUAAAAGGGUUAAGGUCUCCAGCCUCUCUAGCGGACAAGGUCUUCUGCUCUCUGCCCUACUCAGUGGGCCGAGUGUUGUCCAUUUGGAGCCAGCAUGGGCCCUCCUGUACCUUUGAAUUGCCAGCUCUUCAUUCCACUCACAGCAAACAGCAGGGGAGCCUGAGCGCCCUGAGCAGCCGCGCCACCACACCACAUGUGCCUCUUCCAGGCAUGGAAGCUCUUCUUAACACCGACAGCAGUCACAUGAGGCUAGAGCCUGUGUCCCCUGCCUUGGUGCCAAAGUCUUGCUUGGUAACAGAACCUGCUGUCAGCACGCUCCUGCUUUCAGCCUCUGAGUUCCAGGUCCCUGGGUUUGAUGAGCUGGGUGAUGUAUCCGCGGCUUGCCCCCGAGCACAGAGCAGCCUUGCAGAAGAGAAAGAGGCUGAGCCAGAGAAGAGACCAAAGAAAGUCUCACAGAUCCGCAUCCGGAAAACCAUUCCUAAACCAGAUCCCAACCUUACCCCAAUGGGCCUGCCUCGGCCCAAAAGGUUAAAGAAGAAAGAGUUUAGUUUAGAAGAAAUAUAUACAAACAAGAAUUACAAGUCUCCUCCUGCAAACAGGUGUUUAGAAACCAUCUUUGAGGAACCCAAAGAACGAAAUGGUACACUGAUCUCUGUCAGCCAGCAGAAAAGGAAGCGUGUUCUGGAAUUCCAGGAUUUUACCGUCCCCCGAAAGAGACGAACUCGAGGUAAAGUGAAGCUGGGGGGCAGCUUCACGAGGGCCCAGAAGGCGGCUCUGCAGACUCAAGAACUGGAUGCGCUUUUGAUUCAGAAGCUGCUGGAACUGGAGACUUUCUUUGCCAAGGAGGAGGAGCAGGAGCAGUCUGUAAGCUGCUGAGAACACUUCAGGGUCUCCAUUUUGAAUCUUUUCAGACCUCCCUGGAAGAGGUUCCCUGAUUUUACCCUGUGCCCAAACCACUCACAAUGCCCAGUCCGUGAAUUUUUACUUAUUUCAAGGUGCAGCCUUUUUAGAAGCUGGUGAAGAAGGGUCCUCUAAUUCUACUGCUGAGUAUAGAGCCUCAGGAAUGCUCCCUUCCUCCUGGGAAUGGUCCUGAAUGACAUCAGGCCACUUCCUUCCCGUCUCUCCCAUCACAGGUGGAAGUAGCCACACAUCUUAAGCAACACUAGGAAUCUAAGGACUCGGUGUUUGUGCAUCCACAUGAAAGUUCCUCUCUGUUUAUGGUGCUGCUUGACCAAGACUUAGAAACGUGGCCUGGGGGGACACCUGGUCACCUGGCCUGUGUGUUCUCACCAGCCCUUUUCAGUGAUCGAGAAGGAUGAACUGGUGUGUUUCCUGAUCUCUGAUUCUGUCUGCCCAGGACCUCUAGUCUGAGAGAAUGUGUGUGUGUGUGUUUGUGUGUGUUUGUGGCUUUUCCACAUCUUUUCUCCCAUCUGUGACUGAGGGUCACUAGUGCCAGAGGAGCCCGUCCAGGCCCCAACGUGAGUUGCACUUUUUUAAUGUUGUGGUGUUAUUUUCAUUUUUUUCUUUUUUGUUUUUGUAUUAUUGCUGCAUGUUUGGGGUCUUUAAAUGUGAUUUUCAAACACUUUGUAAGACAUUAAGGAGAAAGACAAUACAUGUCUUAAGAGAAUAUGUGACAGGCAUUUGAUCCGCACAUGGAUGGGGAGGGGAGUGUUCCCAUUCAUGUGUUUCAGGCAGUCCCUCCCCGCCUCCAGCUUCUCAUGUAGCUUAUUAGAGGAAGCACUUUUUCAUCCUCCUCCUCAGUCCUGCCCACUUCGUACACAUGUCUGUUUAGAUCUCUCUCAUAACCGUUUUAAAAAAGAUUAAGGUUGAGUGUGGUUUUCUCUGGAAUGUUGAUACAUGACAAAGUUGGGAACAGUGUGAUAGAGGCUGGCCCCGGGCAUUUGCAGCUGCUUGAGUGCCUGCUUCAGGAGUGGGAGAGAGUUGAUUGGUAGAUGAGACCUAGUCAUCCAUUCCUCCAUCAAGAUCCCCAACCCCAGAGCAGCGCUCUCUGAGAGUGCCCCUGUGCUCUGGUCCUUUGUCAGACCUAUUGCAAUGGGGACAUGCUAGAAGGAGCGCGGUUUCUAGGUUUGUGCCGAGGAGUCUGCAGGCAGUGGGCUGCCUUGUCUGUCUGAGCAGCAGCCCCACAGAGCUCAUCUUCCCACUGUGCCUCCCCGUGCUCCAUCCUCUCCUUGUCACAUUUUCCACUCUCUCCCACCCUCUGCACCUCCCCCACAGUUCGCAUCAGAUAGUUAGCAUUCCUUGGCGGACGAGUAAGAAAGAUGCGCAGCCCAGCCCCUGGACACUGGUCGCCUCUUCAGCCUCCUGGUUGGUCCGGGGACGUUUCCCUGUCUGUCUGUAGAGAGGAGUGAGUGGUGCUGUGCUGGAAGGUUAGUCAGCCAACACGCCUCGGAUUCUUUCACUCCCUGUUUGUCAGUGGCUAGGGAGGCGGGCUGCAGCUUUGAGGUCUUCAUGUGCCUUUUCUUUGUAGGAUGAUACUGUGGCCCAGUAAAAGUCUGGGCCACACUGGAAGAGAAAAAUAAAUAUGAGCAGAGGGAAAACAUCCCAUGACCUUCACCGCCUCAGCUGUUAAAUAAGUUAACACACACCUGCUUGUCUGGAGGUUUUGAAGGUCAUGACCCCGUAGGCUUAGAGAGUGCAGGCUAGCUUGCACACUGGUCCUCAGUGAUGUGUGCAGACCCUCCUGUUUUGCCCAUGUUGCCCAGACCAUACAGAUGGGACCUGUGUUGCCCUCAAUACCUCUCCCUCCCUGAGGCAGGAUUCUUAGAUGCUCUGUGCUUCUCCACCUGUCGUGUUACUACUGCAGGGAAUGGAAUGAGUUACCCAGUGCCACAGGUACAUCUAAGACUGUGCAGUAGACGCUUGUAGGCUAGGAGGCAGUGCACGAGCCAUUCACCAGUUUCACCACCAGGGUCACUGGGGUGUCCGGAUCACCCAGGAGACAGAAGGUGAGGUGUGCACAGCUGUGGCACCGGCAGCAUGACAGACCUUCAGAAUUUGCCCAUGGCAAGUGUGUCAUUGAAAGGCUGGGAGCACUGGCCGGGACAGUAGGCAGGACUGGAGACCCAGCUCCAUCCUGUCCAGGAAUGUAGGAGGGAAACUGCAGUUCUUGGCCUUUCCUUGACAAAGGCUCUUCCGCUUGAGAGACGUUGACUCACUGGGGCAGUCCAUACUCAGCCGCAUCUGUCUUCCCAUCCAUUCAUAUCAGUCAGCCAGCCUCAGGGGCACAUCAGUGUCCUCAGAACCCGUGGCCUCUGGCUGUGAUGGGAGAUAUUGGUGGUUGGCCUGUCGCCUGCCAGGACUACAACUCUGUUAUGUCAUGGAGUGGGUAAAGUUUCUGAGGAUGGGAGUUCCCAGCUCGAGUGAUGGAAGUCGCCGUUAAGCACAACUUGCUAGAGCUCACCUCCAGAAGUUAGGGUUGUGGGGAAAGAGGAGAGACCUCAGGCGCAGCCAGAUUACCGCCCAUUUCCUUUGCCAUCUGUCAGUUUCCAGCUACAGCAGCCCCCUUCCCUCCCCUUAGUGCCUCUCUUCUCUUCCUCUCCCUGCUGUCCGGUCCAGCCUCUGCUGUCCGGUCCAGCCUUUUCUCUCAUUCAUCUAGAUGUACCUCAUCACCUGUUAAAGCAGAUUGUGUCUGUCUUCCCGCUGCCCUCACCGGAAGAGCUGACUGAGAGGGGGUGCAGUGGAAGAUCGGUAGCUUUUGCCUUACUUGAGCCUGAAGAGCUCAGAAACUCAUGCUGUGAAUCCUAAACUUUGUGCUCCUCCAAGAGCUGUGAAAAUCAUGACUUUUUUUUUCCAUAAUUUUGCCUGAAAGGGUCUUUUGUGAGGGCUCCAGAGCCAACCUGAGGUCAAUUCUAGAUCCCACUCUGUGGGCAUCCUUCCCCUGGGGCAUAUCCCCUGCCCUCCAGACUAAGAACAGCAGCAAGUCUGCAGGACUGUGGCAGCAGGUCCAGGGCUGCGGUGCAGCCUAGUGGACACAGCCCUUGACCCCCAGGCUGCGGCUCCACCUCCUCUGUACCGUGUGCAUUGAGAUCUGUGCAAGACCAGCUUUUAGGUUGUGAUACUUCCCUCCUGGACCCAAGAGGAGGGGGGUAUGCAGUUGGUGCUGUCUUUAAUCCCCUUGUUUUAUUUCUAUAACUUUUCCCCGGUAUCAUGAAAAGGGCCUUUUUAAUGACCACAUUAUGGGCGGCUGUAUCCAAAGCAUAAGUAAUUGGCCAGAGAUGUGGAAUGUCCUCACCUGGAUUCCAUCAGGAGAGGGCUGCUUUCCUGAACUGAGCUUCUGUAUAGAACUGGCUAGGAAGGGAGCCUUAGUGUUGUUCAAAUCUCAGUUAAUAUUCCCUUUUAGCGCACAGUGAGCAGCAAAAGCUACCUUGCUUGUAAAGCUGGGGUCCUCAUAGCCACCGUCCAGCACAGUUGUGCUGAGAUUUGAGGCCUGUUCUGUCUUUACAAGACCGUCUGUUGAAUUGGAUUUGAAUUCCUAACAAGAGGCCCCCUUGAGCUGGGAUCUGGGCCAGUAAGUUGCUGUCCCAAGUGUUCCUGUGUUAUCAUGGCUAAUAGUUCAGUGAAAUGUGUCCAUCUUUGGUAAUGUUGGUAUACGUGAUGCCCCUACAGUUCCUUUUCUGUUUGAUAGUUUGUGACUCUAAAUGCCCACUGUUACAUGAAUUAAUUUAUGAAAAAUAAAUUUUUCUUGAAAACCUUUCA